AUGGCCGAGGUGGGGAAGAUCAUCCCACACUUCAAUGGCUUGAUCCGAAAUGGGCUCGACGGAGCCCAGUUGGUCGUUACUUUCGUGUGUCGUCGGAUCCAACCGAUUAAGAAGAGGUGCCAUCGGAUGUCUGAGUUCACAGGUAUUUCUGACCCGACACGAGAGAGGUCGAUAAAGUUGACUGAAGAUGAUAUUCUUUCCCGGGUGGCCCAGCUCGUGUCAACUGAUACUAACAUUUGCACUAAUGGCAAGCCACUUCCGUGUCAUCACAAACGACCGCCGGAAAAUGACCUGAGCAAGUACCUUUCCACGACUCUGGAGGAAGACGAAGAGGGAGUAGACACGCCACAGGCGACGGUCGGCGCCACCAUAGUCAGCCAGCCCCCUCUGAAGAAACCGAGGACCCUUGGUGCCGGCUCCUCUGGGGAGUUGGUCCAACAGAAGGGCAAUGAAGUUGUGGCCCGCUCCUGCAGUGAGCUGGCACAACAGAGAGAGUCUGGCAACAGUGCGCCAAUUGCCCAGCCGGCGCCUGACGUUGGGGACACGGAGACCAUGUCCCAUUGGAAGAAGAGAAAGUCCGAUGAGGCCCUCGCCUGCUCCACCCCAGACCUGGGGCUGCAAGAUCUGUCAUCUCUUGGUAGGGUGGCGAUUUUUAAGAGGGAGGAGAAGUUGUCCAAGGAUGUUAUGUCACCCUGUCUGUUGCUGCACUCCAGUGCCUCGCCAACCACGGAAUGGAGGGAGAGGUACACGGGAAGAAGGCCCAGGAGGGAGGAGGAGCCAGGGAUGCUCUAUGUCCAGAUGAAGGACAUGGAGAGCAACCUGUUAUGGGAGAUCAAUGAUGAGAUGGAGCGUGUCGAGGUCGAUUGGGAGAAGGUCAAGGAGGCCACGACGUUCUUCGAGACUAGACUCACUGAAAUCACUCUCAAGUUCAAACGUGCCUCCGAGCUGAUAGUUAAAUUAAAGCAGGAGAACAAGGAGCUGGAAGUUAAAUUGAAGCAGGAGAACAAGGAGCUGGAGGUUAAAUUGAAGCAGGAGAACAAGAAUCUGGAGGUUAAAUUGAAGCAGGAGAACAAGGAGCUGGAGGUUAAAUUGAAGCAGGAGAACGAGGUCGCUCGAGCUUUUGAGAAGAAGGCCAGUGAUCUGUCUAAGGAGCUUGACAUUGUGCGCGUGGAUCGUGAUUCCCUCAGCCGGAGGUUCCAGGAUGCCAAGAAGAAAGCUGCUGACUUGUGUGAUGCCUUCAAUGCUCCCUGCAACAAGUUCUCGAUUGACAAUUCGACCCCGGACAGUGUUGAGGUUGUCACCGAGCGACUGGGUAACUUCCCGACUGAGCUGACAGAUGAAGCAGUAGCAGCAGCAGCUGAUGGGGGGCACUGCCGCAUCGGGAUGCAGUUAGCGCUUGCAACAAGAGGUUGA